AGCGGCCCAAUAAAUUAGAUACCAUACAUGUAUCGCUUGAAAAUUUUAAGUAUAAUUCUAAUCCAAAUUAUACAAUUCAAUAUGACACCCCAUACAUUGGUAAACUUUUAAAAAAAUAUGGCAUGGAUAAAUUUAAUUUAAAUUUAAAUAAUUCAACAACAUUUAAACGAAUAGGCAUCGGUACUUAUGGCCAAUCCCCGAGACAUGGUAGUAAAAAUAGUGAUCUAAAACAAUUUUUAUCAGAUGAAUUAGAAAGUAAUGCUGAAGUUAUGCUGAUAACGCAGGAAGGAAUACGAGGUCUGAUAUUUGAUAGACUUGCACCGAUGCCAUACGCAAGUCAUAUAACCAAUGCAGCUUCAAACCUUACAAACAAAUUAAAACCAUAUAUCGCAAUUCAUUGGCGUAUGGAAUCAGGUCAAUUAGAUCUUAUGUCAAAAUGCGCUGAAAGUCUUGUUACCUAUAUAAGAAACUUUUCAUUAUCAAGUGGGAUUACAAAUAUUUAUUUGGCUACGGAUUAUCCACUUGCCGAAUAUAUGCAUAAUACAGCACAGUCUGAUACAUUUCAUCAUAUUUAUGAAGAACACCAUAUAGCCAUGAGAAUUUUAAAUUCUUCACUUAAUAUAAACACUUGGGUUUCAACACACGCGUUAGAUUAUCUUAAAUUAUCACUAUAUCCUACAAAAACGAAACAAUUACAAAAGGAACUUAGCGGUGGUGGCAUCCAAGGAAUCUUUGAUAAAUUAAUGUUAAUACAAGCUGAUUAUUUUAUAGGCGGUCCUGAAAAUUGCUGUAGAUACGUUAGUACUUACACAUUACAAAUUAAGGAAGCAAGGGAGGAAUCAUUUAAAAAUAACGGAACAAUUAAAAAUGUUAUUGAUAG